ACUACCACAAUAUCUAAUGCUACCAUUUCACUUAUUUUACCAGAUGCUAAAAUUUCUUUUGCAAUUUUUAGCAGUAUAACUACGUCAGUUGAAAUUGGCUUAUUAGAUAUACUAGAUAAGCAAUUAUCACAUGUUUUACAUAUUUUAUUGGAAAUAUCUUCUGAUAAUGAAAGAUGUUGUGCAAUUAAUGAAUGCUGA